AAAUAAAUAAAUAUAUAAUUUUUGUCCAAUUAAAAAGAAAAAAAAAAAAGAAGCUGAGCUUGAGGGGUUAAUUCAUUUAUAUAUAUGGUGGUAACUUGUUUUUGUGCCCUUGUUAUCAGUGCAUAGCACCUUGAAGAGAGUUCCUUUUCCUUCUCCUGUCUGUCUGUCUGUCUGUCUGUCCGUCUUUGUUCCAAUUAUUUUUCUCUUCUUCCCUGGUUGUAUAAUCUUUGUUGGAGCCCUUGGGAAUUCAGUUUAACUGAAAAGAUGGGAAGGCAACCUUGCUGUGACAAAGUUGGAUUGAAGAAAGGGCCAUGGACUGCAGAAGAGGACAAGAAGCUUAUUAACUUCAUCCUCACCAAUGGCCAAUGCUGUUGGAGAGCUGUUCCUAAGCUUGCAGGAUUGUUAAGAUGUGGGAAGAGUUGCAGAUUGAGAUGGACAAACUAUCUUAGACCAGACCUGAAAAGAGGACUUUUAUCUGAACAUGAAGAGCAAAUGGUCAUUGAUCUCCAUGCACAACUUGGCAACAGAUGGUCUAAGAUUGCUUCUCAUCUUCCUGGAAGAACUGAUAAUGAGAUCAAGAACCAUUGGAAUACUCACAUCAAGAAAAAACUGAGGAAAAUGGGCAUUGAUCCUCUCACCCACAAGCCGCUAUCCACUACUGAACAACAGCAGCAGCAGCAGCAGCAAGAGCAAAAGAAACAAAUUCCAAAACCUGCUGUCAAGUCUCAAGUGGACAAAACAAAGGAGCCUGAAACAUCCAUACAAUCCACAAUAACUGAAGCAAAGGAGGAAGACAAGAUCAUGACAAGCCGAUUAUUUGAUCCGAUGGAGAUGAUGAACAAUAUUGAUGGUUUUUGCACGGAUGAAGUUCCGUUGAUCGAACCCCAUGAGAUUUUAGUCCCUAGUGCACCAUCAACAACUUCAUCCUCAUCAUCUUCUUGUGACUCUUCCAAGUUCCUGGAAGAAUUGCAGUUCCCUGAUUUUGAAUGGCCCUCUGAUUACAACACUAGCAGCUGCAACAACAGCAACAACAUCAGCAACAACUUGAGCUUUUGGGAUGAUUAUUUCGGCGGUUGGGAUUUGAUAAUUAAUGAUGAUAGUGACAGAAACCCAGCUCUUGGUUCAUUACCAUCUCCUCUAAUUCAGUGCCCGAGAAUGGGUUUUGAUCAAGGUUCUUGGACGUAUGACCUCUUAUGAUUUGAUUUUCAUUUCUUUUCACUUUCACAAAAGCAAAAAAAAAAAAAAAAAAAAA